AUGACCAAAGUGGUACCAACAUCACAAGAUAACACCACGGAUGCCUCGGGUGGAGAUGACAGGCAAGAACUUGUUGAAUGCAGGGAAUCGGUUUCUGCAAAGAAGCCAGUUUCUCUUGCAGGAUGUUUCUCAAUGAGAGUGGUCAUCAUUAUUUUGAUCAUUUCUUUAUUGCUCACUUGUUCCUUGUUUAUUUGGCUUGCUUCUUUUAUUGGCUCUAGAAACACGGUCAAUGAACUCACUACCAAUCUCAUUGAACAAGUGGGAAAGAAGAUUUUAGUAUUCUUGAGUGGUGAAAUUUCCCCUAUUGCUGGUUUAGCUCGUACUCUUGCCAACGAUUUCAAUUUAGGAAUUGUGGGAAGACGACCUCCCUUUGAGUAUUUGUUUGCCAAAAAUGUCAUUUAUAGACCUUCAGCCGUUGGAUUGUUUUUCCCUACGGAAAUGUACAGUUACUUUAACCUCACAUUCUUUCCUGAUGGUAUUCCCAAGCAAACGUUUACCAUUUAUAUUAAACCAAAAGAUAUGGUUGGAAUUGAGCAAUGGUAUUGUGAUGAAAAAGAUGGUUCCAUUUUGAGCCUCGCAUAUAACGAAACCAAGCCUUUAAAUAUUUACUCUCUUGCUUAUUGGGUCACUAGCUUCAAAUACUAUGACCAACUUGGUGUUGACGGAGUGUAUGGGGAUCCUUAUAUUGUCAUUAAUUCAACUGCUUGUAUCUACUAUACAGCAAAGUUGUAUGAUCCCGUCGCAUAUAUAGCCAAUCGAACCAAAAAUGUUGUUGGUAUUUCAAAAGUCAACCUGUCUCUGCUUAAUAUUGAAAAGUAUCUCACAAGCUUGUCAUUACUUGGAAGAGGUUAUGUUUUGGUUUCAGAAUACAAUGAUUUGGUUAUUGGUGGAUCUAUUAAUACCACAGCUCUUAACAAAAUCUCUCGUGUUUCCUUGUUUGAGCUCACUGACAAGAAUGCUGGAAAAUUAAUGUCAGAUAUCAAAAAACAGUAUGGAAAAAUGUCUGAAACUCCUCAGAGCUUUGAAAUUAAUAGUCUAGGAAUUGAUUACAUGAUACGUCGAAUGGAGUUUGUAUUGGAAAACAUCCGUUGGAAUGUUUAUCUAAUUGUCUACACUGAGGAUGUAUCCAAAACAACUACCAUCAAUACUGCCAUCUCAGCUGGAGUUGCUACUGCUGUCAUCAUUGUUGGAUUAUUACUAAGUAUAGUAAUUGGACGAGUAAUCACAGGACCUUUGACAUACUUGGAAAAACAAUUCAUGAAAAUCAAAAAAUUUGAUCUCGUUAAUGUUAAAUUCACUUCCAGUAGAUUUAAGGAAAUCGAUUCAAUUUAUGAAGAUCUUCAUGAAAUGGUAAUUUGGUUAAACGAAUUCAAAAGCUUUUUGCCAGAAACAAUUUUCAAUCAACUCAGAAACAUGGAAGGUGACCAAGACAAGCCAAAUGGCAAGACCAAUGAUAGUAAUGAAAAUAGCAAGCUUGAGAGAAAUGAAACAGGCAUUGGGUCAUCAAGUUCAGCUCAUACAUCUUCAUACAAAUCGAAUCAUCAAGAGAGCAAGAAUAGUCUUCAUGCUGAAGGUGGUGCAAUUUCCUUGUUCAAACUUGGUCUUCAUGAAAAAGAUGUGAGUGUUGUAAGCAUUCAAAUUUGUAACAUGUGCAAACACAUGUCAUCUUUGGAGAUUGGUAACAUCUUUGCCAAAAUAGCUACCGGAUUAAGCACUCUUUCCAAAACCAUGCAGUCAGAUUUGCAAAUUUUGUCUGUCGAUGAGUAUCAAUGCUCAUUUGUCGCCAAUGGUAAAAAGAAACCUAAUGUGUCUGCUUUAGAGGCGGCUUUGAAAAUUUCAAAAACUCUCGCUAAUAUUCUAAAGGGAUAUGAGGGAGUUAAGGUUUGUAUUGGUGUUACGACAGGAAAAACACAAGUUGGUAAUUUGGGCACAAAUUCUUUACGAUUCUACUCUAUCGUAGGCCCACUUCUUUCCAAUGUAAAAAAACUCUUAUCUCUAUGCUUAGCGACUGGAUGUACCGUAUUGGCAGAUUCUCAUACCAUGACAUCAGAUGCUAGGAAUGCAUUUGUCAGUAGACCUGUAGAAAGAUUAAUGCUUGAAAAUGAAAAAUUUGAUCAAUCCAUUUCAUCUAUUCAUGAAAUUAUCAAGGAAAAUAGCUUCGAAAAAGAUGAAUGGAUGUACGAAUUGGAGCAACAAAAAGCAAAUUCUAGGUUUAAGGACUUUGAGGUGGCCUUUUCUAUCUUUGAAUCGUCCAUUCAGUCGAUUGGAAAUAAUGCAAUGGAUCAUCUUUCCAAGUCUGAAAACAUUCUCAAAGAACAUUUGAAAAAUUAUCCUGACGAUUAUGCCAUUACCAAUCAUAUCCUACAAAUAUUUGAACAAAUUCGUUCUAAGACUUCGCAGCAAAAUGGAGAUAUUGCAAGUGUAUUGACUACUUAUCGUGCUGAAAUGAGCAAGUGCUUCAAGUACGAAGCUAGUUCUUUGUCAGACUUGUUAGAAUUAGGGUCAACCACUUGCAAUUAA